UUCGCCCUAGGUAAGAACUAGAUUGAAAUUCACAAUUCACAAACCAGUUUAUAGAAGUUCUCGUUGAUAAUUUAAUUGUUGGGAUUUCAAACUACACAAGGAAAGAUGAUGAGGGCUUCAGCAAAAGGGAGUUACGACACUAGCGCCGCUGGUACGGUCGCAUUUAACGCCGGUGAUGUUAAGCUUAGAGCUUCUUUGGAUAAUUUUACUGUUGCUAAUGGACGCUUAGAUGGUUCAGCUCUUCUUACUGUUGAAAAGCCUGGAUACUUCGCCAUCGAUUACGAUGUCCCUAAAAUGGACGCGACGUUUAGAUUCAUGAAUACAGUUAGGGUUAUGGAAAAACCAUUGAGUUUGACAUAUGUACAUGAGCAUAGAGAAAACAGGACAUCGUUAGAUGGGACAAUUGCACUUAAUCAAGCAAAUAAGGUUUCAGCUAAUUACAUGUUUGGUACUGAGAAUUGUAAAUUGAAGUACAGUUAUGUUCAUGCUGGAGUAACUACCUUUGAACCCUGUUAUGAUGUAUCAAAAAAUACUUGGGAUUUAGCUAUGUCUCAAAAGGUUUAUGAGGAUAAUGUUUUGAAGGCUACUUAUCAGACUUCCAGUAAGGAUUUAGGAUUGGAGUGGUCGAGGGGUUCAGAGAUUAAUGGUUUCAAGAUUUCGGCAUCAGUUAAUUUGGUGGAUGAAACAAAAAUGCCUAAAUUGAGAGUUGAGACAAUUUGGAAUAUUUAGAUGUGUGAUAAUGAUUCUUCCUUCUCUGCACUUUAGAAAUUUCCGAUAAAUUUGCUUAAGCAAUUGUAAUCUUUUCACGUUGGUCCUUGAAGGUUUAAUUUUUCUUGAA